AUGGGGCAACUGUGGAUGGCCGAGUUCAAGAUGCGCGAGUCCACACAAAACGUGCGCUUGUCUGACACCAAGGCACCGCCCCAAACAGAAAGUGCCCAAGACGUGUCUAAACGUGCCAUAACCAAUGUUGUGUUUAUGGCGCCAGCCCAGCAUCUCAAAGCCAUUAUUUAUGCGCAGAUGGGGCAAACCGAUUUGGCCAUUCGUGACUAUGCCAAGGCCGUGCAAAUGAAUCCUAGCGACCCUGACAUUCUCAACAACUAU